AUGGCCCAGAAUUGCGUCCCACUCACGGGCUCAACCGCGUGUCCAGCCUUCACCAAUGCGUCCAUCAGUACUGGCGCGAAUCUGACGGCGCUGUUCCCGUUUCUUUCCUUCGUAUCAGAUACACAGACAUUCGACGAUCGAUUACGGCAGUUCAUCGCCACCGAUUACGCAAAGCAAAAAUACCAACAGCUUAUAGGCUGUUCAAGCGUCAACCUAACUAAUACCACUGACAUCUACGCUCGGUAUACAACCAGCGUAUUGUGCAACGCCAUAGUGCAGAAUUCCAUCAACUCUUGUGGCCUUAACAAGAACAAUUCAAGACCGCUGUGUGCCGAUUCUUGUGCACAAUUUGCUAUUAGCGAGCAGGAAAUAACCGCGAGCCCUGAAUUAUGCGGCAGUUCGGGCUCAAACGCCAUCGAUCUAAUCAGAGCCGACUUCACUAAUUGUGCCCUGCCGGCUGAUUCGCUGAGCGGGUCCUGCAUCAGCGCAGUCGCAAAUGAACCAAACGACUGUGGCUACCAGUCGAAUCUCCAAGGCCUUUGUUCGUUCUGUGCGCAAAGUUCUCCCAAUGCGACAGACUCGUGUUGCGUCAACUCUGGUGUGGAGCAACGCUGCCAGGGUGUCCAUCUUCCUACGACCACGUCAAUGCCACCCCUUUUCCCCUCAUCCAGUUCCUCAGCAACACCAUCUGCAACACAUUCUGCAGGUGCUGGUGUAGCCAAGUCGUCCGGACUUUCGGGGGGUGCCAUUGCGGGGAUCGUCGUGGGUUCCCUUGUCGGUGCCGCUCUUAUUCUCGCCGGAGUCAUUUUCUGCUGCAUUCGAAUGAAAAACAAGAAACAGAGUCAGCACGGAAGCAUCUUGAACACGCCAUCUCCGACACGCGCCACCAUUCCCGGACCGCCACCAAUGGCCUACACCGAUGGCAACUCUCCGACGACUAUUCUUCCCGGAGCUCGCGUCGCACGCAUGUCAGCUCUGGAAGGCUCCAAUUCCUCAGGUCAUCACAGCACACGUGCAGGUGGUGCCCUGGGAGCGUACCGUGGGUCUCAUGAUGAUGCUUACGAGUCUCCAGAUUCAGGACGCAGCCAUCUGGGUGGAAAUCUGCCGAAACGCGACGGAUCACUAUCAAACCAUUCUGCUCUUACAGGUACCGAUAGCCACUCGUCGCCCCACUCAGGAUCUAAUCCCGAUCGAAAUUUCUCUUCUCCUGAAGGUGUUGCGUCAGGCCAGUCUGAGCAGCUACAAUUCUUCAAGGACUAUUACUCCCAGGAUGACAUUCAUCCAAAUGACACGGUGGCCACCCUGUGGGCUUAUCAAGCUCGCGCUAACGACGAAUUCGAACUUGAGCGAGGCGACAUGCUCAAGGUCGUUGGCAUUUGGGAUGAUGGUUGGGCGACAGGUGUGAAGCUGUCAGAGUCAGCCGAGCAGUGGGAAGCAAGAAGAAACCUGCAACGUGAUUCUGGUGUAAGCAACGGGAGCAGGCAGUCACGAACCGUUGAGGGUGAGAGCGAGAUCAAGGCGUUCCCGCUAGUGUGCGUGUGUCUACCACAGCACUGGCGGAAAACUAUAGAAGGAGACACAACGGACACAACGGGAGGAGGUAGUGGAGGUGAUAGACCGCCUCCCAGUCCAUAA